AUGGUAUUAUGGGUAUGCACUUGUCCCAUCAGCCCCUUCGGUCGCACACAAGCAAAAAAAAAAAUUGGAGGAAAAAUAGCUCGAAAAGGGACGAAAAACAUUGCUGUUAGACGUGCCACUUUAAAAUUCUGUGGGAUUUUCAACACAUUAGCAUGGUUCAAGGUGUACAUUCUUUACAUUACAGGUGAGGAACAAUAUCUGGAGAUGAUUACGAUGGACCGAUGGACUUACUUUGCUCCCUCGGUGUUGUUGCUAACCAUAUCUGCUGGUCCAGAGUUCUCUUGGGUGCUUGAAAGGACUGACACUAUUYGUACAGUGUGACACUACCGCAACUACAGUCACUUAGACCAGUUAGACAGAGUGAACCAAUCAAAAUGUGGUAUGAAAACAAUGCAUCCUAACUACAGUAUGGUUGCUGGAACUGGACCAAGAACCUAUGAUUCCUCAGUAUGGUGUUGCAGUAUACAUCAGGCAAGUAAAUAUUAUAGUUGUUCAGCCCUGAGAAUAUAUAACCUAAGUUUUAGGCCCAUGCAAGGGAAGGGGGGAGGGGAGGAGAUCAGAGGGAAGAAAGGGGACCGGACUGAUAUUUAGAGCUUGUGUUGAGUUUACAUAUUCUGGACGCACAUCUGAUUGGACAAAGACCAACAGGGAUUUACCAGAAGUAUAGUUACAAAUAUACCACUUCAUCACUAUACGAAAUUAUCUUAGAGAUAUAUUUAUUACCAGGUUACCUGUGGUAACACCAGUCAUAGAAUACCUUUUUAACUCGUGGAUAUGUGAAGCAUAGAAACAAGUUAUUGCGAGGGGUCUGAAUAUGCCUCACUCACUAAGAUGUUAGCAGAUGGAUAAUUAAACAUUUAUGAAUCUUCUUAAGUCAUCUGCUUACGAAGGUUACAUGAAACAUAUUUUCGGACCUCAUACAUUUCUGAGGUGAUGUCUAGCACUGAUCUAAGCAUUCUCACACUAGCACACUGACCUUCAGAUUAUUAUUUAUAUAGAAUAAAUCAAGGAAAGAUUGAACUUGAAUUGGGAGGGUGAGGUGGGGAUAAACCUCAAUAGGGUGAGGUGG